CGAGAUGCGCGGCGGGGGCGGGGGCGCGCGCGCGAGGGUGCCUCUGCCGGAUCGGUUUCUCGGGGUUUGACCAGCUGUCCCGGGCCGGCCCUGCGCUCUGAAGAUGGAGGAAGUCAAAGCAGGAUUCCCCUUAGCGACAGACCCGCCGCUUGCGGUUCCCGCAGCCCGCUGCGGCGCCCCCACGCACAAGCACUAGGCACAGAGAGCAAGGGCGAGGAGGCGCUAAUAAAAAACACCACACACAAGGGGUGAUGGAAGUGAGGUACUGCAUGCGCUGCUGAGCACUGCACUUUGACUAUGGAAGCAGAGGCUACUGAUGGAUAUAUAACAUGUGACAAUGAGCUUUCGCCCGAAAGGGAGCACUCCAACAUGGCUAUUGACCUCACUUCAAGCACACCCAAUGGGCAGCAUAUCUCACCGAGUCACAUGACAAGCACAAAUUCAGUAAAGCUAGAAAUGCAAAGCGAUGAGGAGUCUGACAGGAAACCCCUAAGCCGUGAAGAUGAGAUCAGGGGUCAUGAUGAAGGAAGCAGCUUGGAAGAACCCCUCUCUGAGAACAGCGAGAUGGCGGACAACAGAAAGAUCCAGGAGCUGUCAGGCGAGGGAGGAAUCCGGCUUCCGAAUGGUAAACUGAAAUGUGACGUCUGUGGCAUGGUUUGCAUUGGGCCCAAUGUGCUUAUGGUACAUAAAAGGAGCCACACUGGUGAGCGCCCCUUCCAUUGUAACCAGUGUGGAGCUUCUUUUACGCAGAAGGGGAACCUGCUGAGGCACAUCAAGUUGCACUCUGGGGAAAAACCGUUCAAAUGUCCCUUCUGCAGCUAUGCCUGCCGGAGAAGGGACGCCCUCACAGGACACCUCAGGACGCACUCUGUGGGUAAGCCUCACAAGUGUAACUACUGCGGCCGGAGCUACAAACAGCGCAGUUCGCUGGAGGAACACAAGGAACGCUGCCACAACUAUCUUCAGAAUGUCAGUAUGGAGGCUGCUGGGCAGGUCAUGAGUCACCAUGUACCUCCUAUGGAAGAUGGUAAGGAACGAGAGCCUGGGAUGGACAACAAUAUUUCUCUGGUGCCUUUUGAGAGACCUGCUGUUAUAGAGAAGCUGACAAGCAACAUGGGAAAGCGUAAAAGCUCCACCCCACAGAAGUUUGUGGGUGAAAAGAUCAUGAGAUUUGGCUAUCCAGAUAUUCACUUUGAUAUGAACUUAACCUAUGAGAAAGAGGCUGAACUGAUGCAGUCUCACAUGAUGGACCAAGCCAUCAACAAUGCAAUCAACUACCUUGGAGCUGACGCACUUCACCCCCUGAUGCACCACACACCAAGCACAAUUGCAGAGGUGGCCCCGGUCAUCAGCUCAGCUUAUGCUCAGGUCUAUCAUCCUAACAGGAUAGAAAGGCCCAUUAGCAGGGAAACAGCUGACAGUCAUGAAAACAACAUGGACGGCCCUAUCUCCCUCAUCAGACCAAAGAGUCGACCCCAGGAAAGAGAGGCCUCCCCCAGCAAUAGCUGCCUGGAUUCUACUGACUCGGAGAGCAGCCAUGAAGACCGCCAAUCCUACCAAGGAAACCCUGCCUUAAAUCCCAAGAGGAAGCAAAGCCCAGCUUACAUGAAGGAGGACACCAAGGCUUUGGAUGCCACAAAGGCUUCUAAGGGCUCUUUAAAGGAUAUCUAUAAGGUCUUCAAUGGAGAAGGGGAGCAGAUUAGGGCUUUUAAAUGUGAGCACUGUCGAGUUCUUUUCCUAGACCACGUCAUGUACACCAUCCACAUGGGUUGUCAUGGCUACCGGGACCCAUUAGAAUGCAACAUUUGUGGGUAUCGAAGCCAGGACCGCUAUGAGUUCUCAUCGCACAUUGUUCGAGGGGAGCAUACAUUCCACUAGGCCUUCUCAUCCAAAGGGGACUCUUAUGAAGUAGAAGAACUGCACAUGAAGAAGUACUGCACUUACAAUCCCACUUUUCAUUGACCCACCUUUUGUUGUUGUUUGUUUGUUUGUUUGUUGCUGUUGUUUAAUUAUUAUUAUUAACCUUAUUGUAUGGACCCAACCUCAGUCUCUCUGCCCAGUUUAAGAAUGGAAGGAAGGAAGGGAAGGGAUGAGAGAGUUUUGUGUUGUUGCUGUCAUUCUGUUUUGGUGAUCUGUCUUGCAUAUUUUGUGGGAAUUGAAAGGCAGUCCAUAUCUGUCACAGUUAGCUGUACAUCAUGUCAUAUGUUGGAUAUCGCUCAACUCUGGUAGGUGUUUUAAAGUCAUAAUGAGUUGCCACCCAAUUGUAGAUUAAUAAUUUCAGGCAAAUAGGUAGAAACAUUUCAGAGGAAAGCCCUUUCAAAUGUAUAGCUAUGGUGGGGAAGAUGGGGGGAGUGGACAAUUGUAUUCUACAGAAUGAACAAUUAUUUUUAAAGCAAAACUCUUUUAUUUUAGGGAUUUAGGAGCACGAAUCAAAGUCAAUAUUCCUUGCAAAAUUACUUCCAUGGGUGAGCUAUGUCCAUGGCUUCUGUGUUUACUUCCCCUGUGGAAUGUAUAAAAUAUGUAUGUGUAACACUGUACCACAUAACAAGAGUUUAGUUUCAUAAGUCUUGGGACCUCCUGUGGUAGGUUUGAGGUUCUGUGAUGUUAUUUUACUUAACUUAUGAAGCACGUUUUUAGAAUUGCUGAUUUGCUAUUAUUCCAUCAUUGUGUUGACUCACUGGCUUCUUAUAGACCUCCUAGUAUCCAUACCUACUUAAUGGCACCAUGUGUUUUUAAGAAACAGCAUUUACAAAUAACACUUUUUUACCUAGCUUCUAGGGCAGUAGAUAUCCUAGGAGUGAAUACAAAUUCUGCAGUUUACUGAAGAGGUUCUGCUGCUGUGAGCUCCAUUGACUUCAGUGGAAUACUCUGAGCUACAGCAGCUUAAGAUCUGGCCCUAGCUAGCCACCUCUCCAAUGAAUCCUUUGCUUUGUGAUUUGUUGAAUCAGUGACUACCUAGUAUCCUUAAUUCCUCUUUAUUUUUUGGAUAGAAGCCCUUGCAGAUUUUGAUGCACACCCUCUGCUCUAGGAGAGUGUGAAAGCCAUGCAGAAAAACAAUUGCUAAUUUGAUUUGAUAUCACUUCACGCUUUAGGAAAAUGGGUACAUGAGCUAGAGGCACUAAGGUUAGUUUGAUUUAGUAUUAUUGACACUUACUAAUUUCACUGCAGGGGGAAAAAAAGCUGGUGUGAUCAGGCCAUUUAGGUACAGACCAAACAAGAACAAUGCAAACUCUCUUUUUUUUCCUUUUCUUUUUCUGACAAUGCAAGACAGAAGCCCCAGACAAAAUCCUGUAGGUUGAGUAGCUCUACAAAAAGUAAGCUUAAACCCAACAUGAAACCCAACUCUUUUUAUAUCAAUCAUUAUUGAAAGUGAACUGCAAAAAUAGAGCUUUAACCUGGAAACAUUUGCACAAGUGCAUAGCCAUUUUCCACGUGGGUACCUUCGUUGAGUUCAAUGAGAACUUUUCACAUGAGUAAAGUUACUUAAGUGCAUACGCAAUUGCAAGAUGAGGCCAUAAUGAAUCCCCACUUGCUCGUUUCAGUCUGUUUUUCUUAUCUUGCCAGACCUGCAGCAUUAGAAAGUAGGAGCUGAGUGGUAUUGAUUGAAAUCUUUUUAUGGCGACACACUUGGCAGUUAGAACCUGUGUUUAGAAAGGAUACAGUAGAUCAUGGCCAGAUUACCUGAUGACUGUUUCCCGGCACUGAAAUGCUAUUAAGUAGGAGCUGGUAAAGUUUAGCAGUAGCCUAUUAAUUAUAAUACAGUAUGGAUAGAAAUGUCGCCUUAUGUAAUGUGAGAGCUAUCAAGGAUGGGAAAGAAUGGACUUUGAAGAGACAGAUACAAAGAGCUGGUUCCAACAUUGUCCUUGACAUCUUUUUUUCUUCUGCCCUUAUUAAUUUUGAUACAGAUAAAGCUCAGGCAAGACUAGCUGCCCCUAUUUCUCUCAUUCUCUUGUGCCUGGCACAAUCAGAGUAGCUAAUAUCCUGCUCAUGACCACUGAACUCUUUCUUUGACUCCAAGGUUAGUUAUUAAAGGGCAUACAUUCUCCUCUAUUAAUGGGAAAAGAAGGGAACUGCAAUCAGCCAGGGGAUGUGGAAUAGGAUAGCAGUUCCUCCUCUGCCCCACCUCUGCUCGGUAGGGCUGAUUCUCUGUGGCUGUUGAGGUUGUGCGCUAGGAACAGAACUGAGAGAUGGCUGUAUUCUGUGACAUCUUCCCCAUGAAAACCCAUGGGGAUUACCUUGCUGGAGAUGGCAGUGAUCAAGUUAGCAUUGUGUCCUCUGGGUUCCCCCUUCACACUCUGAAAACCCCACUGUCUGGGCUGGGGGUGCAGGGGCACGGUUUGGGCACAACCACAAUGGCAUAGCUCCAGAAGCAGCCAUGUUCCCAUUGUGGAGAGGGAGGACUAGGAAGCAGGGCAUUGACAAAGGUAUUAUAUGUGGUUGUCCCCACCCUUUGCCCAUAACCUGAGAUCCAUGUGAUUUCUCUCAUGACGUGACCUGUGCCUUGCCUCCUCUAUAGAAUCAUAGAAUAGAAUAGAAUCAUAGAAUAUUAUCAGGGUUGGAAGGGACCUCAGGAGGUCAUCUAGUCCAGCCCCCUGCUCAAAGCAGGACCAAUCCCCAAUUUUUUGCCCCAGAUCCCUAAAUGGCCCCCUCAAGGAUGGAACUCACAACCCUGGGUUUAGCAGGCCAAAGCUCAAAUCACUGAGCUAUCCCUCCCGCCCAUCCCCAAUGUGACAAUUGGGAUGUUCCCUGAAUGGUUUCCUGGCCCCAUGUGCAUUUUCCCUAGCUGUGGCGUGAUUUCCUCUCUUUUAAAAGGUGAUCGUAAAUUCUGCCCAACCAUGACAGCUGCUUGAAGAACAAUCUGUAAAAUAAAAAGUUCUCGAAGUCGCUGGCCCCGUGCUGGGGGCGGUGUGGAGCAUGGAAAGGCGUUGAGAAAUGCCCUGCCUGAGCUGGCAAGAACGGAGGAUGUCAAGCCCAUUGCUGCACCUCUAAGGGAGUGCAAACUGUGGUUGCUUCUGUAGCCAGGGUGACAGUGGGCUCCUUGGGAUAGCUAGCACAAGGGCAUAGGAGAGGGAAAGGAGUGGGAAGAUCCCUUUGUGUACGCACCCAGGAGCUGGCCAUAGUCUGACCCAGCGUGAGCCAGUACGCUUCUUAAUUGAUGAUGCAUUCUCCACAGCCCAGUGUGUCUUUUGUCCCUUUCAGUGAUCUUAACCCUUUUUUUUCCUCUUUGCAGUCAAUGCAGUUUAUAGGGUGCUAUUCAAGAAUCACUUGGCAGGUCAGUGCAGCUCUGUGAGAUCAACCCUGAGUGCUGCCAUUUUAGAAGCUGUCACAGGGAGAAGUGCAUAUUGGCAGGAACGCCCCGUGACAUAGCACUAGCCCCUAAUACCACAGAGACGCACAGAGAACAUCUUUGUCAUACUGGGGUUGUGCAGGAGUGUCAGAGGGACAGCAUAAUUUUAGUCAUCACCUUUUGAUAGUUGAAAUUCCUGUCUAGAUCAAAACCGCGGGGGGUGGGGGGAACACAUUAAUAUGUAUUGUCAUUUUUUCUUAAAACUCACUAUUGUUUUUCAUCUCUUCAGGGUGCUUUUAGGGGGAAUGGUUUAAGUUCAGUUCAAGUUUUGAGUAAAGGUUUGGGCUAAAUCUUAUUUUAGCAUAAUCAGCAAAUGCAUGUCUAUGGGGGAUUACAGUGAAGAGAGUAGUACGCAGUCGAUAAUGUAGGCUCCAGUUCUGCAAGCUCACAUACCAAGGACGACUCAAUGGAGAUUGCAGUGGGGUUCCUUACUGACUUACAGGUCUGCCCACAAAUCUGAGCCUGCAGGACUGGGACCUCAGAUGAUGAUUUUUUCUCUUUUGCUGUUUGCGGAUUUCUAAGAGCAGCUAUUGACUUCAUCAAAUUCAAUGGUUAUUCAAAAUUAUUUACUAAGAAAUUUCAGCAGUCUGGGGAUUAUCCCCUCGCAGAGCAGUUGGCUCCAAGUAUUUGCUAUUGAUCACUAGCCAUUUGUUCAAAGUAUGUGCUAAACGCUGGCUAGUUUUGGGUAGACACACAUAAGUCUUUUGACUCAAAACUCGAUUCCAAUACUUGUGUUUAAAAAUUCAGAAUUUGCUUUCUGUGAGCAUUUCCCAUAUUUGGUUACAAGUAGCUUUUUCCUCAAAUGUCCCUGCCAAUAAACUCUUUACCUAGAUUUGUAAGGGGGAAGAGAGCCAGAUUCAGACUCGGUCUAAACAGGUGCAAGUUCUGGUUUUGAUAUGACCCAGGGCUGGGUGCACAGAGCUUUUGAUAAGAUUCUGUCCAUCAUUGUGGCUAAUGAGUUUUACAGCCAAAGCCCUUUUAAUUGAUUUAGGAAUCCACAACUAAAUAUAUAGGAUUUUUGUAUAAAACCAGCUCUUUACCACAUACUUAAGGAGAUUAAAGCAAUUGCAUUCUCCUUAAAAAGUGCUUCCAUCCAUGAAAGAUGUCUCAACAUUAACCUAUAUUGGUCUCUACUUAGAGAACCUGUUUUUGUAAAUCACCCUGACUCUUACCUGCAGUAUUAGCCUCUCUAACUUUAGGGCACCAGUCACAGAGUUCAUACAUCACCAAGUACAGAAAUUCAACAUUUGAUUAACUCUCCAAAUUGCUGUUUUAAACUUGUGCUUUGCUGGAUAGGGGCUAGAAUGCUCGUUGCUUUGCAGGAUCCAGUCUGAAUGAAAUUCAGUCCUUUGAAAUUGGGCUUUUAUAGGACUUAAGGGGCUGGCCUUCUGCACUUUUCUUAUGGAUGCACAGGGGAAAAAAGAGUCCACAAAAGAACAAACAGUUUCUAACUCCAAAAAGUGAUUUAUUCCAGUUAUACCUACCAGAAGAUUUGAAAGCUGAACUAAGGGCCUGAGUAGCAAUUAUAAGGUUCCAUAGUUAGUUAACUUCCUUUUACCUCACUACUUUGAAGCAACUAUUUCUUGUAAUUUCAUUAAGAUAUGCAGGAAGAAGAAGGAUAAUAUUUGUUAACAGAGUAGCCAAUAUCGCAGGCUCUUGCAAAAGUGAGAUGAAACUGGCUCUGUUUUAGUUGGCUUUUAUCUUUAGUUUUAUAUAGUCUUAUUUUUUUUAAAAAAAGUUAACAUCCGUGAUGAUGUGUCGCAUAAAGCAUCUGGAGAUUUAUGAUUCUGAAAUAGUAUAUACACUGUAUCAUGUCAUUCAAAUAAGUUUUAUUGUACACGUGCCUUUUUCAAAUGCAUUUUGAAAGCUGCUGUUUCAUAUCAUAGCCUUUCACAAUGCAUUUAAAAGAAACACUAAUGUUACGGAGUGGGACAGAGGAAGCUGGGGUUUCCCCUUGAGUAGGAAAAUCCCUGAGUGGUGUAGCUGGCUCUACGCUACCUGGUCUUGGGAAAGGGAAGGGAAAUGUCCAGGGCACAGUGUGCUCCAGCAAUCCCCAGCUGGCAGGCAGCACCUUUUGGGGCCAUGGAUAAUGGCCAUAGUUUAGAAACGGAUUCUAAUGCUGCUCUAAACAAUGCCAGGGGCUGAAAAAGUUCCCGCCUGCCCCCUGAACUUAAGAGGUUUGGGGCAGAAAGUUGGUGUAAUACCACCUUUCUCCUUUCUCUGCACCCUAUUGCACCAAGGCUGCAAACUUGAGAAUCUAACCCUCCGUGUAUUUCAGUGCUAUAUUGCACAGCAUCAAACAGCAUGAUGGAAUGAGAAUAUACUUUAAAGUAGUGUAUCAUUGCAAAAGUCUGCUUAGCUUAAAAAAAAUAAUCAAAAAAAAGGAGGGUGGAAGCUUGAAGACUACGGGACCACUGCUAUGCCGAUUGUUCAGAUAAGAUGAGAGAGUAAAACAAACAAAACUCAUCUGUGAAAGGCAUUAGGGAGUGUGAUUUGUUUCUCAAGUCAGGCGGAGCUGUGUGUCAUAUUAGGGGUUUCAGAGUAGCAGCCGUGUUAGUCUGUAUUCUCAAAAAGAAAAGGAGUACUUGUGGCACCUUAGAGACUAACCAAUUUUGUGAGCUGUAGCUCACGAAAGCUCAUGCUCAAAUAAAUUGGUUAGUCUCUAAGGUACCACAAGUCCUCCUUUUCAUAUUAGGGGUUGUAUUAGCAGAAUACUUUGGUGAAAAAAUCAGUAGUUUUUGGUACUUGCCUUAUGGGACCGGUGACCUAGCUUUUGACCCAUUCCUGCCACUUUCCCAACAGUUUACCCUGCAUUGCUAUAGGGUUGGAUUCUAGUCCCAGCACACAGCCUGAAUAACUGAAGUGUGCCACAGAGGUCAGUAAGGCAGCAGUCCUCCCAUCACACCAUAGGGCUUUCCAUAGCUGCGAUGGUAGCCUCAGGGAUCUGCAGUCCCCACGUAACUCCCCCCUCCCCCGAAGGGCUGGCAGUUCCCACUGGAAACAUGUAGACACCGAUCUGCUGAUCUACCCUGGCUCUGCCCCAAAUCUCUCUGUGUGCUGGGACAUAAGCAGGCCCCACACAGAAUAAACGCAGAGGUUCCCCUGUGGUCAGGACCCUCCAUGCUCACAGUGGCUGGGUGGGAGAUAAAUAAAAGAGUUUGCCCCAUAUAGCAAAUAUUUGACCUCUCCUGGAAUGUAAAGUUAGAGCCCUUACAUCCCAUCGGGAACUUUCCUGUAGUACUGUAUAAAAAGAAUAUCACUUGGUGUUGUCUGAGCUUCAUGCAGAACUUACAUGACGCAUUCCUGGGAGGGUAUGAUUUAUUUUCCAAUAUUAAACUAUGACACUUAAACUAUGAAAUGAGCACAGUAGGCUCAUGAGGUGGUAAUAUGCUAACUUUCCUCCAUGCCGGGUUAUUAACACUAGGCCAGUGUAACAAUAAAAUGAUACCUCUAUAAAUGGGUAAAUUGCUAAACCUUUCACUUGGUAUUCAUGGAAAUGUGUGUUCCUGCCUCCAACAAUUCACUCGCAGUCUUACGAGGGUGGAGAGAAGUAAUCUCACACAGGCAUUCCAUUUGGGAAUAAAUUCAUCACCCUCUAUCCUUAUAUGAGAUCUUUUCCCUUUCAUACAUACCAUAGAACCUAGCUAACCUGCAUACAAAAAGACUCUCUCUCUCGCUCAACAAAAAUGUAACAGUAGGUUGCUGCAGUGAAGUCUAUCAUUACUCAAGCCUUCAAUAUUUUUACAAAAAAUUCUAUGCUGUAUUUACGAGCACGUUCUGAAAUAUUAUGAAGUCCAAGGGAAUGACAGCUGUCAAGUUAAAUGCUCAAAGCAUGUUCUGAGGUGCUUUAGCUCUUUUUUUUUUUUUUUUUAUAUCGCUCACUUAGGGCCUAAUCCAAAACUCACUGGGUAUGUCUACACUGCAAUGUAAGCCCAGGGUUAGUAGAACUCAAGUUAGCAGACUCUGGGUUUGUUAACCUAGGGCUUGAGUGUCUACAAACAUUUGUAACACCAAGUUAGAAAUGGGGCUCCAGAAUCUACAUUGCAUUAUGCAGCCUCAUGUCCAACCACCGAUAUUCCAGACUGGAGGCAUCCUCCCAAAUUGUGGCUGCUGUACCACUUUGUUCAUGGUGCAGUGUGGAAAAACUUGACUUUCUACCAGACUUGACUGGCCAAAGGACAAAGAAAGUUGGCCCAUGGGAUUGUGGAAUAUUUUGGCAUACUCUCAGAGCAUGAGUCCAAUGGAACUGUAUCUACACUACAAGGCAAUAGGGCUUGAAGCCUGUUGAUUCAGGCUUGGACCCUCCACCCCCACAGGCUUCUAGGACCCUGAGUUUCAGCCCAGGGUUUGCACAGUUUGUAUGUAGACAGGAGUGGGGGGUAGGCUUCGGCCUGAGUUCAAACCCUGGGUUCACACUGCAUUGUGGACAUACCCAUUGAAGACAAUUGAAAGGACUCCUUUUGACUCCAGUGGGCUUUGGAUGAAGCCCAUAUGCCUCAGUCCAACAAAACAUUUCAUCACAUGCUUAACUUUAAGCACCUGAGCAGUCCCACUCAAGUCAAUAGGCCUACUCAUUGAGGACUAAAGUUAAGCAUGUGCUUAAUUUCUUUUACUGGAUGAGAGCCUUAUUUGCUAACUUGUAAAGUUCAAUCUCUCUCGUUAGGCCUCAGUCACUAGUACAAAUUAGUGAGGUUCUACGGUAAAUAUGUAUUCAUUUAAAUUUGUGUCCUAGACUUCACCCCAUCCAUGAAUGACUAGUAGGCGGUACUUUUCAUUGUGAAUCAAAUGGAAAAUAUGUAGGCCCAAUGCAAAAGCAGAAUCGAGAGCAUGACUCCAUAGUGGGAACUAAGGAGCAGGGAAUUGGGCCAUUUAGUUUUUACCUCAAGUGACAUAGAGUAAGAAAAGCUUUGUGAAGGGGCAGAGAUUACUGAAUCCCCUACUAUGCACUUACUGAGAUUUGACAUUACUUACUGGAAAUGGAUGUUCAUUUCUGAACACACUGUAACAAGGGAAGGAUUUUGGGUUAUUUUUGUAGUAGUUCAAACUUCUGAAACUGUGAUCAAUUAUUUGACUAAUUGUCAAGCAUUCUCAGAGCUUGAACAUCUUCAUUUCCUGUUUCAUGUAGCAAAGUUUUUUCUUUAUUGCUUUCUCUUCCCCUCCUCCUUCUCUUAGCUUAAAGACUGGGCCAACUCUUAUCUCCCAUAGCUUUGGCCCAUCUAGUUUAUUAUUAUUUUUUCUGUUUGUUCGUUGGCUAUACAGGCUGUUUACAUAUUUUUGUACUCAAGGGUAGUUUUUAUAUUAAAAACAGAGGGGGAAAAAAGAAAAUAUUUGAUUUGAGAAAAAAUAUUAAGGUACAUAAUCUUUGUAACACUGUCAAAACUAGGGUACCUAAAGAGAUGACUCCACACCUAUGUACUUGUAAUACUGUAUAUUUGCCUUCCUUUUUAGUCAGUUUUAUUUUCGGGUUGUAAUUUUUUCCUCUAAAAUGUAUAUCUUUUUAUGUGAGACUGGAAACUUUUAAUGCAAAUGUUUGGAAAGAUUUAAAAUUGUAAAGUAAAAAGUCAUAUAACUUUUUUUUUCCUUUUGGAAAAAAAUGCUUUAAAAGAAGUUUUGCUACUGUUGUAUUCCAGGGUUGAGGUCACUGACCACAAAAUUGCUCUUGAUGCUUCAUUCUUAGAUCUUGCUUUCAGAACGUGCUUCUUGCAAACAUGGAAGAUUGCUUAUAUUACUCAGUUUAAAAAAAAAAAAAAAGACAAACAAAAACUUUUGGUUAUUUUUCUGUUCAAGUGCAAUAUUUUCCUGACGUCUUAAAAGUGUACAGUAGUUUCUUUUUCUUUCCUCAGUCAACACAAAUUAAAAAAACCAAAAUGCUCUAUCUUAAAUCCCUUAAAGGAUAAGAUUCAAAUAUUUACAUACGUUAAAAUUGCAAAGCAGACUGACAAAAGGUGAGAAACUAAAAGCUAAGGCUAAAACCGAUUUUUUUAUUCCCUGCUUUUGUUUGACAUCAAAACAUAUACAAUGGUUUGAACUAAGGACAGACAUUUUAUUGCCUCUGUUUCUCUUGUUCCUUUUUAAAUACAGUUUUUCUUAAGAAAAGCACUUAUCCUGGACAUUUAUAAAACACGUGCAGCCUGAUCCCAAGCCUACUCAAUAGAAAGACUCCUAUUGACUUUCAUGAUGGGCUUUGGAUUAGACCCUAACCUCUUAGCGAAGGCAAAACUCCCACUGAUUCCAGUGGGAGUUUUGCCUGUGUAAGAAGUGCAGGACUUGAGACCAGAAGAGCUUCUUUAGAGCUGAAGUUGUCUUAUAUAAGUGUAGAUGGGGCUUGUUUUACAUAUCAUACAUAUUUAUAUCUAAUUUUUAAAUGUCUAUUUCCCAGUAGACUGAAGCCACUGUUGUGUAAAUAUGUAUUUAGGUACUAAAUAAAAAAUCCUUCUGAGAGUUCUUGGACAGGCAGUUACAGUGCA